GACUCCCUCUGAAGGAACACCGGGAUUUUAACCAUUGACAUCUACCACUUACAUUUACUUUAUUGCAUUCCACCACUGUUAAUGGCAAGUUUAUGAAUUCCUCACGACACAUCAGGGCACAUUUGUCCUGAUGUGUCGAGGAAUUCAGCUGAGACUAACUUGUUUCAAUAAAUCAUAUUCAGUGUUGCUGUACUUUUUAUGAAGGAGCAGUCUACGUAACAGGAGCUGUGAGCGUGCAUGUGAACUGCAUCAGACUGCAGUCUCCGACGCUGCAGCUUCAUACUAUUGGCAGCAUCACACACUGCUGCAGAGAUCCUGAACACACACACACACACACAGUGCCGCAGAGAUCCUGAACACACCCUGCAGACCCGAUCAUCCGGACCAGCAGCCCCACAACACGGACUGUACAGGGCCGGAGCACACGGAGACCCCCAGCUGAGCAGCACGAUGUCUGUCAAUGACAAAGACCCCAUGCCUGCAGUGGCGUCCCUCUCCCCGGGACAACUGCAGUCCCUCCUCAAGAUGGAGCCCAAGACCCUGGGGGCGAUCCAGAUUGUUAUCGGGGUUCUGAUCCUCUGUCUGAGUGCCUCUGUGCUCCAAGUCCACGAGGUGCACUUCACAGGAGACGUGGCCCUCUUCCUGGUGGUUGUCAUACAGGUGACCCUGUCUGGUUCAGUGCUGGUCCACAGUGGGAGGAGACCCACUCUGUUCUGGGUGAAGGUUGUGCUCGUGCUGCACCUCAUCAGUGCUGCGUUCUCCACCGCCGCCCUGGGUCUGAUGUCCAAACACCUGCCGUACCGCCAGGACUCGUACCACUGUGAGCACUGCCACCGGCUGGAGCUGCACGCCGUGCAACAUUGUUUCAGGAAAUGCACCGGGCUGAUCGAGCAAAAGUGUAAAUUGCUGAUCGACGGGAUCCUGGUGACCCUGGUGAUCUUCCUGGUGCUGGAGCUGCUGAUCUGCAUCACAGCCAUGCUCUUCGGGCUCAGUGUGCUGGCUGCGGGGGGGGCACAGGCUCCCAGACAGAAGCCUGUGUACCCACAGACCCGCCCCCCCUCUGUUCCAGCUGUGCAGGUGUCUCCAGCUGUGGCCGAGACUUCUCAGGUGGCUGUCAUUGUAACUGAGGCCGAUUCAGAUCAGAUGGAGGAGAUCUCCACCCCCCCCACUGAACCCCAGGUGGAGCCCAUCGAAGAUGUGACCUCAGAGCCCUGAACUCAACACACACACACACACACACACACACACACACACACACACACACACACACACACACACACACACACACACACACACACACACACACACUCCUCCCUGUGGUGUCAUGUCAGUCAGAGUGUAAAUAUGGAUGUCAGCCUCUUGGCGACCGGAACAAUAAUAACUGUUUCAAUUCUGAUUAGGAUCGAUGAAUCAAAGUGAGAGCCAAUGCUGAUGACAGCAGUGCACGGUAAUAAACAUCAGAAGAAUUGGUCAAAAUGAAAUGUGGGGGUCCCAACACGGUGUCCAAGGUUUCCAUCCUGCCCUUUCACUCCUGCCAUGAAUACACACUCAGUAUUAGCACUGCUACACCUACACACUGAACAAACUGAAAUGUUGACUUUAACUAAAUGUAUUAUGUCAACAUAUUUCACAUGAAUGUAUUAGGUUAGAUGAAAGCAUUCAUAUUAAGUUGAACCUAAUAUUUUUGAUUCAAAUGGAAUGUUUUGGGUUUCAACUAACCUAAUACAGUUAUGUGAAUAUCUGUUGACGUAAUUAAUUGAAUUAAAGUCAACGUUUCAGUGUGUUCAGUGCACUACAGUGUGUUGUGGUUCUGAUGGUGAUCAGUGUUACUAGUCAUUUAUUCUUCAAAUAAUAUCGUCACUAAAAUAAGUAGAGAGUAGAACAAAUCUAGAGGACAUAAAACCAGAGAAGGAUUCUGAGCUCGAGGGGGGAGAGGAAAUGUUCACUCCACUGAUACUCUGUUCAACACUGUGUUGUAGUUACAGGCUGAUCCAAUAUGUAAGCUUGCACUUUGUUUUGCCUUUCAAAUAUCUCAAACUGCUCUUGCCAUAAUUGACUGUUGAAAUAAAAUGUUGUUGUCUAACCUUU